GGGAGGCGGUGAGUUUGGAGGAGUAGAAUACUCUGCGUGCACUUUCUUGAGAAACCAUGGUGUUGCUUUGUCCAAAUAUUACAUUUCAAAUUUAGUAUUAAUUUAAGAGAUCUAACCAUAGAGGUAAAGUCUCACAGUAGCCUACUCACUAUUUAAAAAAAAACGAAAUGCUGCUAUUUCUGAACUCUUUAUUUUUAAUUACCUUUUUAAAAACCUUACCAACAUGUCUCAUUUGUUGCUGUUUUUUUUUAAACUGGAUAAUCAUUAAGAGAAUGCAUGUUAAACAUGUAACUUUGUGAUUGAUAUUGGUGUGUAAUUCGUUAAAAAAAAAAGACAUAAAAAGGUAUACAAACUUUACACACUAAGUCCGUAUUGAUUCACGUCGGCAAACAAAAUUGAACGUGUCUCGGAUGCUUCAACAUGUUACGCUUAGGAAAGUUCAGCUUUUAUGUGUUGUUAUUUCUUUCGGGGAUACUAGCCAAUUCUUUAAUUUAUAACAUCUUUCAAGUUCUGAAUAAAUCAAAAAGUGAAAGAAUUUUGCGUCAGAAUUUGAACUAUUGGCAGCAAGAAGAAGCCGUUGAAUCGAAAGACGCUUUUGUCGAAAGGAUGGCGUCAGUGUUGACCCAAAAGCUUGCCGCCGUAACCGAUUCAGAAAAGACUGAAAACUUUGUGUCGUGCAUCAACGAAGAGGUGAUAGGAAACAGCUGCGCGUCCACUGGAUGUCUCCGGCUCCAGCUGCCUACCUCAGUUCGCGAGCGGGUAAAUCAGCUAGUGAGACCCUACCAUCUUCACCUGUCUGACAACAUCACCACGGUGCUCCGGGAGAUGCGAGCUCAGGUUCCCGGAACUUACGAAAUAAUUGUCGUGACUGCGACGUCUUCCAAUCACUUUGAAGAGGCCAAGAGCAUGAUCUCCAACGUUAGAGUUAACUUACUGCCACAUUUAAACAACUUCACUUUCAUUGUGUACAACCUAGGACUGACAGAGGACGAGGCACUGCAGCUCUCUAGAAACUGUAAUUGCCUUUUGAUACGUUUCCCUUUUGAAAAAUGUCCCCCUCAUGUCAGCUACCUCAAAUGUUACACUUGGAAGCCGAUAAUUGUCAAUGCACACAUCACUCAAACCCAUUGGCUCUUGUGGGCAGAUGCUUCUAUACGCUUCCAUCAGGACUUUAAACAUACGGCGGAUUUGCUAGAGAGAGCUAGAACACGAGGACUGCAGGUGGGUUGGUCUCCUAACUCAAUCGCUUAUCAAACUUUACAGUCAACAUUUCACUUCUUUGGAGACGAGGCGUGCGCCUAUCAACCUUACAUGAGCUCUUUGAACGCUGUUAUCGUUUUCUACAACGAAGAGUUCGUCAGACGUCUGAUAUUAGAGCCUUGGAGCGCAUGCGCUAUGAGUAGUCAGUGCAUGUGUCCAGCAGACGAGCAGGACCUUCAGGCAAUAAGAAUCUCCUGUCACAAACGAAAGGGAAAAUAUGACUAUGGAAUAUGUCACCGUUUUGACCAAUCAGCUUUGAGCAUCAUUGGUACAAAACUCUAUCAGGGCCUAGUGGGACAUAUUUUCUUGCAAGAUUUACGAAAUUUCGUUGAUGUAAGAAGAGGUGACAAGGUCAUAGAAAAAGGUGCACCAUUUGACACAAAUGAGUUAUCCAAAUUAUUGUGAAUGCUUACAGAUGUUUUAAAAGAAACAUUUUGCUUAUAAUAUUGUAUUCCAAUGGGUGUUAGGUUUAAUAGUUUCUACAUUUAGAAAUUUAAGUUUGGACUAAUUGUUUUUAGCCUUUAUUCCUUUGGCGAUUCUUCGCGCCACCUUGAAUUAGAACAAGUAAUCUCACGUGUUCAACAUGACUAUGAUUUAUGUUAAAAUUAUCAGUGUUCUAUGUAGUUUUUAAAGAUAUUUUAUGGGUUUUACUAUCAAUUCAUGCACGUUUCUUUUUACUUAUAAUGUUUGAAUUAUGCCCUAAGCUUGUGGACAUUCUGUGUUUAUACGGGCGCCAAAUAGUCUUUUUUUCUAUCUGAAUGAAAUCGAUACAUGAAUAGCUUUUAGUAUUGAUUGGAUGAUUUUUUUUUCUUUGUGCAAAAUUGUAUUCUUUUGACUGACGUUUUUGAAUUGCCAUUAAUUAAUAGCCGAAAUAAAUUACCGAUAUUUCGAUAAAUAUUGUCACAAUUCCUCAAAUUUCUUUGAUAAAAGGAACAUUUGGAUCAGCGGCACAUCGUGAUUAUGUUGAGCCUAACAAUGCUAAUCACCCAAUGUUUUUACACACUAUAAAACUAGAACUAGAAAUGGUUUUAUGCACAA